UGAUGAUUAGCUAAUUCUCAGCUAAAACUCAAUCUCAAACAUAAUGUCGAGUAAAGCAUUUUAACUCGUCGUUAAAUACUCAACAUAUUGCAGCCAAAGAAUAAUACACUUAUGGUUUAGUGGAUACCAUAAAACGGUAGCAAAUAACUGACCGCAAAAUCAUAUUGAUGUCAAGCGGUGUGUCUAAUGAGCGAAUGGACACAACUAUGGACUCAAUUGUUAAUGAGAGCCAAAGUCAAUCGCUGGACGCGACGGCACCCUCGGGGUCGACCCAAUGCACGGGUAUAGGCAUGAAGUUCAACGACGCCACUGUCAUCGUGUCGGUCGUCAUACUGGGACUCAUU